AUCACCACCGGAAGUGUACAUAGAAGAAACAUCAGCUGAGCAGUGUCACAAGAGAUAAUGGUACUGGACUCACAAAUUUAGUGUAGAGUUGUGAAGCGGUUUUACUCGAGGCUACAUCGCUGUUGCUUUGACUCGUUUUGGAUGGUUACCCCUCAAGAUGCCCUGUGUACCACUUGUCCCAGAGAACAAUACUCAUGUACUUGCAGAGUUUGACUGUCUGGACCCACUUCUUGCUGCAUUGAGAUUGGACUCUGGCAGGCUCAAGUGUACCUGUUUGGCAGUAUCUAGAAAAUGGCUUGCUUUAGGUACAUCUGCUGGAGGUUUGCACCUUAUUCAAAGAGAAGGGUGGAAACAAAGGCUCAUUCUCACUCAUAAGGAGGGAUCUAUCACUCAGGUGGCGUGUUGUCCCCAUGAUGAAGAUUUCAUUGCUGUUGCAACAAGUCAGGGUCUGGUGGUGGUGUGGGAGCUGCAGCUGGAGCGGCGUGGCCGUCCCGAGAGAGUGAGUGUGUCCUGGGAGCACAGGGGCCAGGCCAUCACUGCACUGUGCUGGGACACAAAUGCCCUCAGAGUCUUCGUGGGGGACACCAUGGGAAAGGUGUCUUUUCUGAGGGCAGGAUCCUCCAAAACGGGCAAGGGAUCAGCCUUUGUUAUUUUUCCAGUUCAAACUGUGACCACUGUGGAUUCCAAAGUUGUUCAGCUCGGCUUCCAAGAUGGACGCCUACUUGUCUCUUCCUUGAGUCGGUGUUACAUUUGUGACACAGAAAAGGAGAAGUUCUGGCGUGUUGGAAAUAAAGAGCGUGAUGGAGAAUACGGAGCUUGUUUUUUCCCCCAAAAUAGAGGUUUGUUACUGGGACAGCCUCCUCUGCUCUAUUGUGCGCGCCCUGGUUCUCGUGUAUGGGAGGCCAAUUUUAACGGUGAGGUUGUGAGCACUCAUCAGUUCAAGCAGCUCCUUGCAUCUCCUCCUCUGCCUCUCAUCACAAACAGGGAUGAACCUCAAUACAAUGAAACUCAGAGGAGCCCACAGUCAGUGGCCUUUGCAAAACUGCUUUAUAUGGGCGAUCAAAACCUACUGACCUGGACGGACUCUGCAAUUUUUAUCUUCACCCCUCAGAAUGGCCAAGUGCUCCUGUGGACUGAAGUAAAAGAUAUUGCUGAGAUUGUGGUGUACCGCAGUGAACUGUUCUGUCUCCAUGGCAGCGGGCGUCUGUCUCACUUCACACUUUUGUCGGCGGAGCGAUGUGUGGAACGUCUACUUCGCAGGGAGUCGUGGCUUUUGGCUGCAGUUGUCUGCUGUAUGUUCCAGCACACCAUCACUACAAGCAGGGCAAGGAAAUGCAUUCCCAUUGAUCGCCUUGAGCACCUGAAGUCCCAGCUUAACCCUUCCACAGCUGCAGAGCUGAUCGGACAAUUGGAAGAAGUGAUCAACAAACUAGAACCUCUGGACUCUGCCUCCAGCAGCCGAAGGAGCAGCAUCUCUUCACAUGAGAGCUUCAAUGUCCUGGAUUGUGGCAUCUAUCGAGUGAUCAGCCGUAGAGGAAGUCAGUCUGAAGAGGAAACUGGAUCCCUCACAAACCAGUCUGUGUCUGAAGAGGAGCGUCUCAAAGACUUCAGCUUUGUUCAAGAAGAGGAUAAUAUUGAUAAUGAUCCUCAGAGCAGUGAGCGUUUGGAGGUGGAGAGGUCUGAGCAGGGAUUAUCUUUCAACCUUCCUCUGUCAUUUCGGCCCAAGCCACCACGCAUCGCCCUGCAAGCUGUCAAAGAAAGCGUUUCCAGUUUUAUGAAGAAGACGACAGAGAAGAUCAACACCCUUCAGAUGAAUUCUGAACUUUGGCAACGUCCCGAAUGCAGAGAUGGUCCAAUAGUAGAGAUUUCUGCUUCUACGACAGCAGACCCAGAGAAAAUGGAAAAUGUGGUUUAUGAUGAAAUGUCAAGCACAGAAGCCGAUUUGAAUGAACUUCAAACCGCGACAAACCAUGCCAUAGCUCAAAUCCAGGACCCCUACGUGCUCCUUGACCCAGACGGCCUUGAAGAAACUCUGCUGGAGUGGCUGCCUGCUCUGGAGAAAGUGCUUGGGCCGGUUGAACUUUUAACUGUACAGUUAACAGUAUCUGGAACUGAGUCAAAUAGAAGUAUCCCAAUAGAUGACUCUGAGUAUAUGAACCCCUUCAGAGAGCAGCAAGACGCUUCAAAACUUUCAAACCAGUUAUAUAGUAGCUGUGACCAUGAAGAGGAUGAUUCUCAUUGUGAGAGGGAGCUGGUUCCAGAUCAUGAAGAAAACCACAAUGAGUUUUCUAAUGGCUUUCAUCUAGAGCCUAUUCGAGUCAAUCCACCCAAACCUGUUUCUUCAGAGCUGCUGGUGAAUCUGACCCUGUUGGCCAUGCUUUACACUGAGCACAGCUGCUUCAGGAGGCGCCAGAGCAAAUACACUAUGAGCUGCGGCACUUUCCUCCGGCGAUACUUCUUCCUCCUGGAUCAAGAGCGAGUGAGAAAGAUGUGUUUGCUGUGUCACAGAGACCAGCCCGACGUCCACAGCUCCUUCAUUGAGGCCAUGCAAGAACUAACUCAGUCCAAUAAAGUGGCAGAUGUUAUCCAGAGGGGAGAUUUGCAGAGGUCCCUGCGUAGCUUGAGAGAAUUGCAGCCCUGUAGUGCCUCUACUCUCCUGCCUCACUUAUACAGGUUGUAUGAGAAGCAUGGAGAGGCUGCAGUUCGCUCCUUAUCCCAGUUUCAUCCAACGAUUACUCCAGCAGAUGUUAUGGCUAUGGCUGAUCAGAAUCACUUUUUGGCAUAUUUGGAUAAUCUGGUCCAAUCUCGUGCCGAAGACCACAAGUUAUCAUUUAUUCAGUCUCUUUUGGAUCCAGAGUCUUUGAGACAGGAUUGGCUCGAGCUUGCACUUUCCAAUGAUGCACCUCAGCUUUGUGAUACGCUGACCCCUAGUGGAGAUCCAAGAUGGCAUUCACACUGUUUUAGCUGGGGAUAUGGACGCCUUCUUUCUCUGCUCAUUCGUCUUCCUGCUGACCUCUCAUCGAAACAGGCCAUGGCUGACAGCUGUCGGAAUCAUGGAUAUUGGAUGGGCUACCUCUAUUUGUGUAAUCAGCUACAGCGAAGAUCUGAAGUUUUUUCCACCAUUUGUCAACUGGACGACAUCAGUCUUUUGGAGGAACCUGAAGGGGUAGCGCCUCAAACGCUGGAAGAGUGGAAGCUCCUGAUCAAAUUGUCCCAGCAGAGCCGUGUGUCUUCUGAUCAUGUCCCAGGGCUGAAUGGAGGGGGCUGGUCAGAUGAUUCAGGGGUGAAUGCACGGAAGGUGAGCCCAGAGACCCUGAUGCUGAUGCUUGCUCGCAGCGUUGGGCCUGACGUGGCUCUGGAUGUCCUGGAGGAGUGUGGGGUACAGUUGGUCCAGUCGCCCCACUCCCAACUCAUUUGUGAGCUCCUCAGAGUCACUGAGAAGAGACAGAGGGCAAUCAUCCAGACCAUGCUGGACCGUUGUGACCGGUUUCUGUGGUCUCAACAUGCCUGAUACCAAAAACGAUACUCAAAGCCUCAUGUCUUCCACUGCUGAAAUACUAUUGAAAAAUAAUGCACUGUGAUAGAUUUCCACAUGAAGGUCCACAUGUAGGUAGACUGUUAAACUUUAAAAAAAUAUUUAUAUUAAAUAGCUGUUUGUACGUAAAGGAUGACCGCAUUGGCCUUGUUAAAUACUAUAUUUAUUGUUUAUGAUUAACAAAAUAUUUCACCAGUUUUAACUAUCAAGAUGCUAAUUCAGUCAGUGUUUGUAUAGAUGUUGCAAACAAGUCUUAAACCAGUAUUCUGUGUGGCAUGAAUUUUAACAUGUUUUGAAAUAAAUGAAAAUAUAAAAGAUUGUG